CGCACGCGUAGUUCAGAGAUUUAGUGACGCUGUGUCCUGUCGGUGGGUAUCGGGACGCUCCGCGCUUUACAUUUAAUUCAUAUCAGGUAUUUUACAAUUAAGGAGAAAAAUCGGUCAAAAUGACAACGUUACCACAUAGCAAGAAGCGUGUCUGCUACUAUUAUGAUAGUGAUAUUGGAAAUUAUUAUUAUGGGCAAGGACAUCCUAUGAAGCCACAUCGUAUAAGGAUGACACAUAAUUUACUUUUGAAUUAUGGUCUUUAUAGGAAGAUGGAAAUAUAUCGUCCACAUAAAGCUACAGCAGAUGAAAUGACAAAAUUCCAUAGCGAUGACUAUAUUAGGUUUUUGAGAUCCAUAAGACCUGAUAAUAUGUCAGAGUAUAACAAACAAAUGCAACGAUUUAAUGUAGGAGAAGAUUGCCCUGUCUUUGAUGGUUUAUAUGAAUUUUGUCAAUUAUCAGCUGGAGGUUCUGUUGCUGCCGCUGUGAAACUUAACAAACAGGCCUCAGAAAUUUGCAUAAAUUGGGGUGGUGGCUUGCAUCAUGCCAAAAAAAGUGAAGCAUCUGGAUUUUGUUACGUAAAUGACAUUGUAUUAGGAAUACUAGAAUUACUGAAAUAUCAUCAGAGAGUGUUAUAUAUUGAUAUUGAUGUUCAUCAUGGAGAUGGUGUAGAAGAAGCUUUUUAUACCACAGAUAGAGUUAUGACAGUUUCUUUUCAUAAAUAUGGUGAAUAUUUUCCUGGUACUGGUGAUCUGCGUGAUAUUGGUGCUGGAAAGGGAAAGUAUUAUGCAGUCAAUAUACCACUAAGAGAUGGUAUGGAUGACGAAAGCUAUGAAUCAAUAUUUGUACCUAUUAUUUCUAAAGUGAUGGAAACUUUCCAACCUUCUGCUGUGGUCCUACAAUGUGGUGCUGAUUCAUUAACUGGAGAUCGGUUAGGCUGUUUCAAUUUAACAGUGAGGGGUCAUGGGAAAUGUGUUGAAUUUGUAAAAAAAUAUAAUUUACCCUUCUUAAUGGUCGGUGGUGGUGGAUAUACAAUCAGAAAUGUGUCUAGAUGCUGGACAUACGAAACUUCGGUUGCUCUUGGUUCUGAAAUUGCAAAUGAGUUACCCUAUAAUGAUUAUUUUGAAUAUUUUGGUCCCGAUUUUAAGCUGCAUAUUAGUCCUUCAAAUAUGGCAAAUCAAAAUACUCCUGAAUAUCUUGAGAAAAUUAAAACCAGACUAUUUGAAAAUUUAAGAAUGUUGCCGCAUGCCCCAGGUGUGCAGGUUCAACCAAUUCCAGAAGAUGGUGCAGUCAUUGAAGAUUCAGAGGCUGAGGAAAAGGUAAAUCCAGACGAAAGAUUACCACAACGAGAUUUAGAUAAAAGAAUACAACACGAAAAUGAAUAUAGCGACAGUGAGGAUGAAGGUGAAGGGGGACGAAGAGAUAAUAGGUCAUUUAAGGGUUCCAGAAAACGGCCACGUCUAGAAAAAGGACAAGAAGGUAUAGAAAGUGAUCUAAAAAAAGAAGAGGACAUAAAAUCGGAACCAAAAGAAAAUGAAAAAGAUGAAAAAACGAAUGUUACAAAUGAGGAAACGAAGAAAGACGGUGGAUCGAAUCCCUGAUAAAUGGUAUUUGUUUCCGAAAAGAAAUUGAAAAAAGUUCUUAUUUAAAUUAACCAUAAAUCAGUAUAGAUAAAUUAAGUGAACAAACAUGUAGUGCAUAAUAGAUGUCUGUUGCCUCGAACUGGACAUACCAUUGUAAACAAUAUGAUUUCUUUUAUUCUUUGAUUCAAAACCAUAUAAAUACUUCAAUAGGAUAUAUGUAUACAUACAUACAUACAUAUGUGUAUAUAUAUGCGCGCGCGCGCGCGCGCGCACACACACACACACACAAACACACAUCUUUAUUAAAUUCGAGGCAAGAGACAUUAUUAUCACUUAUAUACAUCUACGAGCAUACAAUUGACAUGAUAGACGCUCAGUAAUUUCAGUUGUUAUCUUAUUAAAUUUAUAAACAUUAGCCGAAAUUCUCAAAGUUAUAAGCCAUUAAGCAAUCACUCCUUGAAAUAUUUUUUAAAUCGUGCGAUGAACGAUAUCUUGAGUAAUCGGUCAGUCUUAUGAUCUGAUUAAAGCCUUCAUGUUCACUUAUUGUUAGAAUCAUCAAUACAUGUAACUAGUCAAAUAAGACAAAUGGAUAUCUUAAAUGUACAAAGAAAAUUAAAUUUUUUAUAAAAGUUGAAAUUUUCACUAAGAUCAGAAGAUAUAGGCAGCUUAUCAAGAUAUCUAAUUUUUGUAAUUGACACAUUUCGAUAAAUUGAAAGUUUAAAAGUAUACAAAUCACCACAAUAUGUUUUGGGUGAAUACGUUUCUUUGUCUUCUUAUUCAUUGUUCACAGCAUGAUCAUCAUUAAAUAAUUUAAUGUGCGAUUUUUAUAAUUGAAAGGGAAUGAGAUUGUAUACAACGGGCUAGUAUUAUGGACUAACAAAUUUUUUACUUCCUAUUCUCUCUUGUACAUACAAAUCCGAUUUAAACAAUAUCCUACAUGCAAUACUAUACAUAUAAUAAUGACAUAAUGAUAUUCCUUUUGAUAUGUAAAAUAUUUUAUUUUAUAUGUGAAAAAUUAAUGUCAGUGGAAAAGAAAGUAUGAAAAGAAUAGAGCAGUCAUUGAACGCAUUGAAUUCGAGCAGAAUUCUAGAAUCUUAAAUUAAGAAGAGAUAAUACUAAAAAUUAAACAUUUGUGACUAAGUCGACUUCUAUCUAUAUGUCGAGGCUGCAAAAGUACUCUUGUUCAAAGAAAAAAAGACAGGGAAAGAAGAGAAGCGUCAUACUAACAUAAAUAUUAAAAUUAUUACCUUUCAACCAUGUUAAUUUUACAUUUGCACGAGAGUAUAAAUGCAUUAAUUUUGUAUACAUAAAGUGAACUUCUUUGCGACUCGGAAAUUUUUGCAAAAAUGGAUUAGAUUCGACUAGUUGCAUGAUGUCAGAUAAAUAAUUGAAAAAGAAAUAAGUCGAUUUAUCUAGUUGUAAUUAAACGCAUACUUUUUUUGUAAUUAAACACAUACCUUUACUGUAAUUAAUUAUUUACAAUGCAAAGAUAAAUCCGAUAUAAUAUUUGCGUACAUCUAAGUCGAUUAAUUAAGAUAGAUCAAGUAUAAUAUAAGUAUAUAUGUAUAAAGUUAUAUGCUAUAUACUAUAUCAGAAUAUGAAUAACAAAUGUUUUUAAAUAUUUAUAAUAAAAAAUAAAGAAAUCUAUUGUGCGUA